UUCUUGAAGAAAUGCGCUGACAGACAUUAACAAAAUGUUUGCGUUUGCCAUUUUGCUUCUGGCAGCACAACUUACUCCGCUCAGAGCUGGAAAAUGUACAACAGGAUUCUCAGUAGUGGCACCUGAGGUUGCAGUGCCAGGGAAGACGACUGCAGUGCUGGUUACUCUGCACGGCAAUGAUGAUACUGUGGACCCAUUGAACGUAACCGUACGACUUGAAACUCAAGAUGCACAGAAUGAUAUCAAGCUACUCACUACUGCCAGUCAGAUGAUCAUCGGAUAUGGUAUCAUCUCUUUGAAGAUACCAUCGUCUCCGGCCACACAUUGUACGCUUCAUACGACUGUGGGUUGUGUGGGCAACGACGAAUGUACAGCGAAGAGUCACAGCGUCAUCAGACUUCUGGGGCCAGUCAGAGAUGUUAUUGUACGACCGGCUCGACAUCAUUAUAGACCUGGAGAAACUAUAACAUUCUGGAUACUGGCUUUGGAUCACGAUCUACGAUUAGUUCGUGGUGAAAUUGCUUACGUGGCGCUGAGUGACCCCGCGGGCACCAAGGUCGCUAUUUGGGAUCAGCUGUCUAUGGAUGAAGGUGUCAGAAAACUAAGUUCCAUCAUCGCGCCGGGUGCUCGUUCGGGGAUAUGGCGUGUCGAAGCGAAGUGCGGUGGUGCAUCAGCCCGUGUUGAUAUCAACGUAGGAACGGGCCCAGGCGGCGCUAGUGCAGCCGCGCCGGCAGCUGAACAACACUACGUAGAAUUACGCUUCGCUGACAGCAUGCGGCGACGGUACAAGCCUGGCUUGCCUUUUGUUGGAAGGGUGGAAGCAAUGAGUACAGAGAAACGAGUGCGUGUUCGAGUCAAGUUGUACGACGACAAAACCGACAUCUAUAGUCAAGACAUCGACAUGUCGAGUGGAGAGGGAGGAUUCAUAGUUCCCACAGUGAUGGCUGAUGCACCCUAUGUCAAUCUGCAGGCGGAGUUAGUUGCGGUUGAAGGUAAAGAAAUUGAAACGCACUACGUCCUUGCCAGGGAGAGGAUUAGACGCUGGAACUCAACGUCCAAAUGCUAUUUACUGGUUGAGAAUUUACCAACACCAUUGCAGGCAGGUGGCACAGCAAGCGCUAGUGUGUGGUCAUCCUGCGGUUGCCGACAGCGCCUUCUAGCGGCGGUAACCAGUGGCGGCCGUGCGGUACACUGGGCUGCGGUACCCGCACCUGAUCCCACCAGCAAUGAUGACCUGUGCCGAUUUAAUUAUACGUUCCCGGUGACGGCUGAUAUGGCGCCGGUAAGCUCUCUCCUUGUCUACUACGUGACCGAGGCUGGGGAGCCCGUGAGUGACGUAGUCAGCUUCCACGUCCGACUGCUGCAUAAGGAGGUUGCGGUGGCUGUAGAGGAAAGGAGAUGGUGGUAUCCUCGAGCCGCGCUACAACUGCGAGUGCUCGCUCCACCGGACUCCCUGAUGUGCUUGAUUGGAGCUCGAUCACCGCCUGAUACACGCUUCGAUCCUCAUCAACCAACAUCAGAACAUGAAGAGCAACCGGGUCCGGAGUUCGUAUCCGCCGGCGUGUCUCUGUUCGUGGGCAGUGGCGGUUGCGGCGGCGGUGGCGUGCUGUAUCGGCAGCGCGCUCCGCCCCGCGCGCCCGCUCACCUUGUGCCGCCCGCCACACACGACCGUCUCUGGAUGUGGAGAUGUUUCAACUACACGAAUCAACUAUCUACAGAUGGGGUGACGAUCGCAGCGCCAUCUGAAGCCGGUCGUUGGUCAUUAUGGGCUCUCUCCUUAUCUAAUCGUGGACUGCGUUUCUCCGCACCGCGUACAAUAAACGUGUUCCGUCCUAUACAACUGGACUUUGCUUUACCGCCUGCUCUAAAGGUUGGAGAAACUGUUGAAGUUGAUGUCAAGAUUACAAAUAACAUAAAUAAUUGUAUGGAUGUAACCGCUCUACUGGCAUUGAGUGCUGGCGCGGCUUUCGCCAGUACGGGAGCUCUAUAUGUGACUGAACGACUACGUCUCGGUCCACGCGGUGGUACUCAGCUGGUAGUUAGAGUCGCUGUGAAUACACCGGGAAGGAAGAAUAUUACAGUUGAAGUAACUGGGUACAGUGCGGACAAUUGUUCCAUUUCGUACACGUCAUUUAACAACGAGACUUUGGUCGGCUCAGUGAUAAGAUCGGCGAGUGUACUUGUACUGCCUGAAGGACUGCACAGAAGUGACACUCAGAGUGCAUACUUUUGUGCAAAUGAACAUCUCGCGGUGUCGUCCCUUGGCUCAUGGGAAUGGCAGUGGGUGGCCGCACCGCGAAACCGAGCUGGUUUAGUUUUGGAACUACGAGCGAAGGGAGCUGCUCAUGUUGCACUCUCCGCUAUACGAGAACCGUCAGAGGAUAUGUAUAGAGUCGUAUUCGAGAGGUCCCGCGUCUGGAUCGCUAAAGGAAAACAUGGGUACGACGUGCAUUUAGCCAGCGCAGAACAAACAGGCAACGAUGACGAAUGUUCUGGCGCGGAGUCGUGGUGCGCGUGGUGGGUGUGGUGGGAGGGCGGUCGACUAUCGGUUGGCCGCGGCGCCGCACCCGCGGAGAGGAGACUCCUAGUCUGGCCUCUCACUCCUGAUAUGAGGAUCAACUAUGUAGGGUUUAGCGCGUUAUGGGGAGAAAAGGCGGACUUCAGAAUUUGGAAUUUCAAUGAAGAAGCCGGCUUCUCUCAAGUUCUUGAACUUGGCCUUCCUCACGGUGUUGUACCAGGCUCCGCGAGUGGCACUCUUCUCGUGUCAGGCGGUCUUCAUCUACCUUUGUACAGUCUACUGACGGAUUCUGCAGACCAAUGGGCUGCAGUGUGGAGAGACUCUCAGCUUUCAGCAGCAUCAGCUAGUCUAGCACCACUUUUAGCUUUAGAACACAUUCCACAUUUGGUUGAAGACAAUGAGCGAGAGAAGAUUUUGAAGAAAUUGCCCGAACAGGUCCAGAUUUUACUAUCGUUUCGAAAAAGUGACAAUUCUUUUAGCGACCAUCCAGCAAUGAGCAGUCAUUUAUCUACAAUCAAAAUGUUAGAAAUAUUAACAAAAAUUCAAUCUUACUAUCCAGUAGAUCCCAAUUUACUGCAAUCCAUUAAGAAAUGGAUUCAAAUGCGACAAGAAGCUGAUGGAUCGUUUUCACCUUUAGCGGCUGAUAAGGAAGUGGAUUAUUAUCCAUUGGAUAUGAAGAAAAACAAUGGAACCGAAACUGAAGUCAAUGAAUAUUAUUAUUAUGACAAAGAUGGGAAUAUGACACAAGAGGAAAUUGAUAGCGAAAGGAAAGUUGAAAUAACUGCUGAAACUUUAGCGGCGUUGCUAGAAGUGGGAAUUGAAAAUGAGUUCGAUGUUACCGUUGCAAAGAAAAGUCAAGCCUACUUGGAGAAGAACAUCUACAAUCUAACAUCUCCAGCCGCUCUUGCUGCUACAGUUCUAGCUCUCGUACUUGCAAGGAGUCCGAUUGUUCCCGAAGCUCUAACAAUAUUAAGGAACGCUUCAACAACUGAGGAAGGCGAGUUCGGAUGGCCAGCUCCUAGAAAAGAUGCUGCAGAUUGGCUUCUAGAAGAGACAUCUAGAAAUAUAAAAACUACAUCGUACGAGGCAGUGACAAUGGAACAAUACGUGGCUGGUGUAAGAGUCUUGCUGGCGGCGUGCGCUCGCGGGGCCCUAGCUGAAGGCGAGGCGGCUGCCCGAUUCUUGUACUACAGAGCGUCGACAUUGCAGCGCCACCCGAGCCUUGCCUAUAGCGCUACUAAAGCCGCAGCCCAGUACGCCGCUUUAGCUCAUGAUAGACAUAGAGCGCUAACAGUAUCACUAGCAACAGCUGGUAUGGAACUCACUGACACCUUGGAGUUGCGAGCUAAAACACCGCCUCGACCGCUACAGCUGCCUGGCUUACCGACUAAAGUUUUUGUUUAUGCCACUGGCGCUGGCUGCGCUACUGUCCAGGGAACCAUAUCGUACUCCACUUAUACUCCUAAAGCUGAAAAUGCGCUGUUGAAUAUCCAAGCUGCUAUCAUCGAAGAAAUUCAUCCAGAGAGAAGUAGCAUAGAAGAUCUGCAAGGAAAUCUACCGACAUUAAUUAUCAAGACAUGUUUCAAAUGGAAAGGCAAAGAGCGUUCCGGAAUUUUACGCCUGGAGUCAUCGCUCUUCUCAGGCUAUGAGUUGCAUUCCGUCAAUCCUGUAGUGCUCGAUGGUGCAACGUUUGCAAACCUGCAUUAUGGCUCUCGAGGAGAAUCCGUUUGGUUUGUCUUUGCAAAUAUUAGUUCUACCUGCCCUGUUUGUGUUACCUACGAAGCUCGGUCAAACUUCAUCAUAACAAGCCUGCGACCUGCAUUUGCUAAAAUAUAUCCUGCUACACGUCCAGACUUAGCUGUGGAAACAUUUUUCCACGCAAGACCUGGCAGUCCACUACUUCGGGGCAUCACUGAUGAUGACUUUAUCACCUGGUUUGAUAAAACUGAAAUAGCAAGUUUAACAACCACAGCAAGUAUUGAUAACAUCUGUGAAUGCGGACGAAUAUGCAGUAGAGAUUAUGAAUUCAGAAAGCAAAAUGAAACUAGUCAUACUCUACUAAAUUUCAAAACAAAUGAUAGUCAUGCUGAAAUAAUUGAAAUUGUUACAGUCUCUGAAUUCAAGGAUACCGAAAGUACUUCUACCACAACGUCACUAACGACAUCGCCAGCCACUACAAUUAAACCGGUUGUUAAUGAUUCUAACAGUUUAAUGACUAAUACAAUAAGUAAUUACUUAAAACAUAACAAAACCAGUGAUUCUUCAAUAAAAAGUAGAGAUUCAAGUAAUACAAAUAACCAAACACUUGAUAAUCACUUAAAACCGUUGAUAGUUGGCACAAACGUGGAAGUAAAUGCUAAAAGGCUGCCAAAAUAUUAUCCCAAAAAGGAAGAAGCAAAGAAAAAAGUUUUGACAAGACGCAAAGGAACUCUUAAAGCUACUUACGGAGAUAAACACGAAAAAUUCUUUAUUAAGUCAAAAGACGAAAAUACUCUGGCUAAUGAAACACAUCACGUGGACAUUAAAAUAUUAAAAAAAAGUAAUCAUUCCUCCAAAAUUCAUAUGAAAAAUGAAAUCAACUAUCUAAAAAAUGUAACUGACUUCAAAGAUGACAAAAAUUCAACUUCCAAGGUAAACCUUAUUCUGACAAUCAACAAUUUUAACAAAAAUUUAACUAAUGAUACAGUUAUUCCGCACAAAGAAACUACUCUUACACCUCACACAAUUGCUGCAAUAACUAAAAGCAAUAUACAAACAAUGCAUUAUAAAACCAAAAAGCCAAAACCUGUUACACAAAUUGUAAAACCUCGAGUAAGCAUGGAAUUGAAUAACACAGAUGCUGACUUGAAAGAAAACAAUAAAACGUACGUAAAAAUACCCAAAAAUAAACCUAAACCAGCUGCAGUUGAAAAAACUGUAACGAAAACAUUGAAAUCUAUUAAUAAAGAAAUACACAAAAUACCUCCAACACCAAUAUCUGAAACUUCUAAGUCUCUGGCUGACAAUAUCAAGACCGACAUAGCUCCAGAAAAUAAAGAAGGUUACGAAAUUCUAGACAAAAACCGCCUUUGGGAACUUCUUAAGGAGGGAAAUGAAGCUGAAAUGACAAAAAUUGAAGACAAACUACAAAUUAAUAAUAGGUUAAAUAUUGUUUCAAAUCUUACACAAAAUGAUAAUCGUUCAUUAUAA